GAGUAUAGGUUCUUAAGUUGAAACAACUCAUUCAAUGAAAAUCUUAAGGAAUAACAUAUGAUCGUUUCCAUUGGAAACCGUUGGAAACAGGUGACUCAUUUUCUGUCAAUGAGAAAACAGUUUGGUUAUUUACUCACUUUCUCUUCAAUUGUUACAUUGUUUUACUUUAAUUUCUUUGGAAUAUCAACUGAUUGAGAAGACAUUAUGCCUCGUGAAUCAAGUAAUUCACCUUCAACGGGUAACCCCAAUUCUGGUGAAACAGAUACGAAAAAGCUUAAGCCUUGUUGUGCUUGUCCUCAAACCAAACAAGCUCGAGAUCAAUGUAUAAUUGAAAAUGGAGAGAAACUCUCAAGGCCAAAGAAUUUAAAGCAAUUUAUUAGUGAAAAUUUCACUGCCUGUGCUAAUCGUUUUCCCUUUUUACAAGAAGCACAAAUUAGAGGGAAAUUGCAAGAAGAUUGGAAAAGGUUAUAUGGACCUAAAAAGAAGACGAUUAUCAAGAAAGUGGUCAAGCCAAUUCCAAAUGAUGAAAUCAAAAAACUCGAAACAACGAUUGAAUUACUUUCACAUGAUAAUCAAUCAAUUGGUUUCAUUGAGAGUAGUGGUAAUGACACUUAUCUUAAAAUGCACAAUGGUAAAACUUAUCCCUGGUCACAUUCAACUCCUGUUAGAGUGACAAGAAACAAUACCCACCUUGAAGAGAUAACAAGAUUACCUUUUUCGCCGAUUUAAAUAAUCAAAUUGUAAUUGUUUAAAUCGACCAAUUCUCACCUGAAAGAAUAAUCUAAAGUGAAAUUGUUUGGAAUAAGAAAGAAAAUGAUCAACAAAAGUACAAAGAAUAUGAGGAAAAAAUUUCCAUUUUCUAUUAGUGAUCAAGAAGAAAAUAAUGAUUCAAUAUUGACUGUGAUAAAAAAAUUCUCUCCGACUCUUCCAACUGAUGAAAGGAAUUGUAAAUUAUUCCAUGUUUCCUUAAUUCUCGCCAUCAACUCGAACAUCAACUAACAAUCAAAAAAGGAUGAAAACCCGAUUAUUUCAACUGUUAUGGAUUAGAUCCAAUUUCUUCAAUCUUA